UCAAAAUAACUGUUAAUUUUAUUAUAUCGCUCAUAACUGAAAUCUCGAAUAUUUUCUGAAUAACUUAGAAAUAAUAUUAAGCUAAAUGUUAACAUAUAACUGAGUAGAUUAAAUAUCAAAUUAAAAAUACAUAAGUACCUAUCGCAUCUGAUUUAUGUAGUUUGUUAUGUUAAAUUGUUUAAUUAAGUAUUUAAAUGUUAUUCUGAACUUUGUUACGUCUUGUUUGAAUAGUGUAAUUGGUACUACCGUUCUAUGAAUAAAUAAAUAUCUUAAACCAACUAUCUCCAAAAUUUUCAAAAUUAAUGUAAUUUAAUUUUCUAAAACAUACAGUGGAAUAUUUUUCAUUCGGAUAUUGCAUCAUGGUCACGUCGUCAACGUGGCCGCAGGUCCGAAGUGCGUUUCUGUAAAAAUGCUUGCGCGCACUGCAACAGGGCUGCCACGAGUUCCGCACGGUUCGCGACUGUGUAAUUAUGGAUGCAUCACCUAUAUUAGAAUCAUUUAGUCUAGUUUCACUGUAACAAUAUUAUUAACAAUGAUCGUUAUUAUUAGCCAUUUUAUAAUUAUAUUUGAUUAAAAUAUUUUUAUUGUAUAAGUAUCUCAAAUCAAACAUAAUAUUCAUAUGAUUUCCACUUCAAUUCCGAUAAUGAUAUUUAAAAUAUUAGUAAGUAUCUCUGAGUAUUUUUUAUAUACAUUAAUCUUGUGAUAUUUUUCUAAAUAACUUUUGAUGCACGUUGCAAUCAUUUUCAAAUACAUAAUAAUGUAUAUGUUGUCUUAUUAUGUUUUAAAUCAUAAUUAUAGCGACGAUUAAUAAAAAAUAGUACUUUGUUAUAUACAUAAGUGCCACUUGUGGUCUAAACUGAAAAAAUAUUUUUGAUUCUGAUUUUUGAUACCCUCAAGUGCUACGCGGCGGCUUUUCAAACGAAAUAUUUAUAUUAUGUGUGUUUUAAAUAUCAUAUGAAUGAAUCAUAUGAAUAAUCAUGGUGUUUCUUAACAAAACAUUUUUGUCAACCCUAACACAUUUUGCGGAUCUCUGCAAUAAUUUUCAAAUAAAUUGGAAUCGAUUCGACCCGAACUUCAUUCUGUGCUUCAUCUACUGCUUCGUGCAUCAGAAGAACCGUCAACCAACAAGGAACCGCUCCCCAGUGCUCGAGACCUAGUGCUCCAGACCUAGUGCUCCAGACCUAGUGCUCCAAACCCAGUGCUCCAGGCCCAGCGCUCCAAGUAUUCCGAGUGAGUUUCUAUCAUCUAACAAACACAAUGUGAGUACUCAUGACUAUCUUCUAGUCUUCACUAAACUUCUAGAACUUAGAAUUUUUCUGAGACCUCUCGUCAUCAGCGACGACCACUUUAAAUAAAUAUGGAACUGUACUUAUUAAUUUGAUUCGAUGUUUGUAAAGUUAAAGUUUUCUAGUUACUAAUGAAUUUACUAAGGAUUACCUGCGGAUUCAACCGCGAAAUAAUUCAGUUCGUCUUACACAUUACUUAUAUUUAUAAACUAAUUAUUUUCAGGUCUGACUCCGAGUACGAAUCUGCAAUUGUCGAGAGUCGCAUCUCAAAGUCAGAGAGGAGGAACCCAGCUCUUAUUAUAAGAUCUGACUCCGAAGCUGAAAACGGGACUAGACGAGAUCAGGCAAAAACAUCUAAGAAGAAGUCCAACAAUCGAGCCCCGUCAAAGUCUGAUUCAGAAGACGAUCAGCCUUCCAAGCGUAGCAAGGCUAAGACAACCAAGAGGAAGUCGACAACAUCACGAUCUUCAAAAACCGCUACGCCAAAGAGACGGAACACCAAAAAAGAAGAGGAUCUGUUCGGGCUGGUCUCUGAAGACGAGGAAGACGCAGCUCACGCAAACGCGUCUCGCCGAGCGCCGUCGAGCCAGCUGCCGAGCUCCAUCAGCAGCAAGGUCGCGGACGGGUCGGUGCUGCGGCGCGCGCAGCUGAGCGGCCGCUACUACGCCGAGCUGCGCCUCUACUCCACGCGGGACGCGCUCGACACCCGCCCCGAGACCCGCUACACCAAGGCGCUCGUCACUUUGAAGCUCCAGCUCGACCCGGACCAGCCCGAGUGGGACUUGCUUCAAAAGUUCCUCAGGAGAGCCAAGACGACGUACUUUGCGGAUAGCGUGCCGGUGUUUUAUAAUAAUAAGAUUAACUGAAUUGUAAAUAAAAAUAUACAUAUUAAUUAAGUCUAAUUUACUUACUUAUAAUUUACGUAGGUACUUAAUAAUAAAUGAAUUAAAACCUA